AUGAUUUGGACUAGUAGUACUCGAAACUGUAAUAUAAACCACAAAUGUCAAACAACUAUCAAACCAAACAUCGUCGCCCAUGUGUACCUUCGUUCGCAGUUGAUUUUGCCGGUGUUUGGCUCGUUUUUAAAUCGUUUCCUGUCUUGCUGCCAGGUUUUCGUUGGAGUUGCGACAAUGGAAUCUAAAAAGGCACUUUCCGAGCAGGAACGGCUCGAGUUAGCCGCACGGCUGGAUAAAGAUCUUGACGCUUUCAUCAGCUCACUGGAGAAAAGACGUUACACGGAAGGAUGGCCGGAAGACCGCUGGGAGGAAGAAAUGGCCAAGCAUCCGUUUUUCAUGAAAAAAUCUCCCGAACCGGGCGAGAAGUUGAGCCCGCUGAUGGAAGGGCUGGCGCAACUGAAGUACGAUCCCGAGGAAAACACGGAGCAGGAGCUGGCGGACACUUACAAAGAGGAUGGCAAGUUUUACAUGCAACAUCGUAAGUUCCGGCUCGCUGUAAUGAGCUACACAGAAGCGCUGCGCUAUAAAGUUGGUGAUGCGUCUUACAAAGCGACAUUGUACAAUAACCGGAGCGCUGCUAACUACAUGCUACACAACUAUCGUUCCUCUCUGCAAGACGCACAGAAGGCUGUGGAUCUUAAAUCGGAUUACGAUAAGGCGCGAUGGCGAGCGGCACAGUGUGCUUCGGCAUUGGAUCGAUUUGAAUUGUGCGUGGAAUUAUGUGACACGAUACUGCAGCGGGAUCCAACGAACGGCCAGGCUAUCGAGCUACGGAAAUCAUGCCUUUCCCGCAAAUCGGCAAAACAGCGGAAUGAACGUAAAGAAGCACGACAGGAGCGAGAAAAGGAAGACCAAUGGAACCGCACCGUUGCCGAGCUUCGCAAACGGUCGGUAAAGUUUGAGGAACGCAACGCCCUGGAGGAUGAGCGCAAACUAAAACCACGACUAGCACCGUUGGAAGAUUUUACGGUAUCCUGCGACAAAGAUGGUAUCCUCUACUGGCCAGUUGUUUUCUGCUAUCCCGAGUUCCAAACGACAGAUUUCCAGCAACAGCUUUCCGAAGACACCACAAUGAUCAGCGUCCUAGAGCAACUUUUCGAGGAAGCACUAGAUUGCGACAGGCAAGGCUUAUACCGACCAAACAAAGUGAACGUUUACUACGAAAACAGGAUACUUGGAUUUGCAUACCUUGUCGAUACGAAGAAGACGAUCAAACAGAUCCUGACGGAAAAAACCUUCGUCGUUUAUCAGGGAACACUAACGUUUUACAUUGUGGUGAAGGGUUCUGAACAGGAACAAGCAUUUGUCAACCAAACAAGGAUACCAGUCAAAAUAGAAUACUAGAACAUGUAGCGUUUCGCUCGUUUCGGAAUGGAAAUUAAAUAAAAAAAAGACGAUACAA